AUGACAUGUACAGGGUACCCCAAACUUACCUCGCCCUCUAACUCCCACCACAAACCUUCACACCAAGAGCAACAAGACAUGCGUCAGGUAAAGUCUUCCUCCACUCCACACAACAUAACUGUUGUGGAGGUAGCAAUCAUUAUUGGUGGAGUUAUUCUCUUCAUCAUCUGUGUGUGUCUUAUCAUCUGCUUUUGCUCUCCAUGUUUGUUCUACAAAUUGUGCAGAAAACAACCCAAUCAAAGACGAAUAGAUAAGCCACAAUUUCUGCAUUACUUUUAUCUUGUUUCCUCAGCUUCUCCAUGGUACCCARCUCCUUUUGUACCAGGGCAGGCGAUGUACUCUCUCAGUCCUCCCAAUCAGCCUAGCGCACCUCCACUGCCUUCAGAUGAAAUUGAUCUGCCCCCCUACAAUCCUAUAUAUACCACAACAUUGAUCUGAAAGCUUGCUACUCAGUUAAACUGUGUAUUUCAAAGAUCUAGUUCAGCCAUUUUGGUAUUAUCAUUGUCCUGAAAAACUCACYAUAGGG